UGGCGCGGUCGCUGGGGGCGGCGCUGAGCUGCGCCGCGCUGCGCUCUGCUCCAGCCCCGACCGGGCCGAGGCUGCUGGAUGCCGCGUCUCCGCUUCUGCUGCCUGCCGGGCGGGCUCCGGUGGCCGCAGCAAAGUGGGGCACCAAGGCCCUGUGCUAAGCACUCAUAAUCCUCUGGGGGUGCUACCCCAUACAAACAGCACCCCCACCAUGUUUAACCUAAUGAAGAAAGACAAGGACAAAGAUGGCGGGCGGAAGGAGAAGAAGGAGAAAAAGGAGAAAAAGGAGCGGAUGUCAGCGGCAGAGCUUCGGAGCCUGGAGGAGAUGAGCCUGCGACGCGGCUUCUUCAACCUGAACCGCUCCUCCAAGCGGGAAUCCAAGACGCGCCUGGAAAUCUCCAACCCCAUCCCUAUCAAGGUGGCCAGCGGCUCUGACCUACACCUAACUGACAUUGACUCCGACAGUAACCGGGGCAGCAUCAUCCUGGACUCGGGCCAUCUAAGCACAGCCAGCUCCAGCGAUGACCUCAAGGGUGAGGAGGGCAGCUUCCGUGGCUCGGUGCUGCAGCGGGCAGCCAAGUUCGGCUCACUGGCCAAGCAGAACUCACAGAUGAUUGUCAAGCGCUUUUCCUUCUCCCAGCGUAGCCGGGAUGAGAGCGCCUCAGAAACCUCGACGCCCUCAGAGCACUCUGCCGCCCCCUCACCACAGGUGGAGGUGAGGACUCUAGAGGGACAGCUGGUGCAGCAUCCUGGCCCAGGCAUCCCUCGACCAGGGCACCGAUCCCGAGCCCCUGAGCUAGUGACUAAAAAGUUCCCAGUCGACCUGCGCCUGCCCCCCGUGGUGCCCCUGCCCCCACCUGCCCUCCGGGAGCUGGAGCUGCAACGACGGCCCACUGGAGACUUUGGCUUCUCCCUGCGGCGCACAACCAUGCUGGAUCGGGGCCCUGAGGGCCAGGCCUAUCGGCGGGUGGUCCACUUUGCUGAGCCUGGUGCAGGCACCAAGGACCUGGCCUUGGGGCUGGUGCCAGGAGAUCGACUGGUGGAGAUUAAUGGGCACAAUGUGGAGAACAAGUCCAGGGAUGAAAUUGUGGAGAUGAUCCGGCAGUCAGGGGACAGCGUACGGCUCAAGGUGCAGCCCAUUCCAGAGCUCAGCGAACUCAGCAGGAGCUGGCUGCGGAGCGGCGAGGGACCUCGGAGGGAGCCAUCCGAUCUAGAGGGCAGCUCAAAGGAAGGCAGCGGCCCAUCUAGGAGUCCUCAGCCUCCCACCAGCCCGAUACCCCCAGAGACUUCCCAGAAAGCCAAGAGCCCUGCACCCACACUCGCCAUGAAUGGCCUGGGAGCUGCCACAGCAGAAGGCCCAAGUGAAGAGGUCCAGGGCCUGUCCCGGAAGCGGGUGGCAAAUGCAGUGAGGAAGGUGGUGAGUAAGGUGCUGCCCAGCGAGGAGCUUGGAAAUGCCAAGGAGCCCCCAGGCAGAGGAGUCAAGUCCCCUGAGCACCCGACUCGAAGCAAGAGGGGAGAAAAGGCAGCUUCUAGUCCCAAGCCGCCACCCCCUCCCCCGCCUCCCCCUGCUCUGCCUAAGCCUGAAGCGAAGAAGGAGGCAGCCAAGGAUGAGCUCUCCCUGGGCCUGCGGAGCCUGAUGUCUCGGGGCAGGGGCAAGGAGCACAAGGCCCGCGGCAAGCAGUCUCCUGGGAAGGGGGAGAAGCCCUCCAGCCAGGAGCCAGGCUCCCCAGACUGGGUGGACUCCCCAGAGAAAGCAGGAUCCCCAGCCAAGCCUGAAACCCCAAAGAAGCAGCGCUCCCCAGCCCCACGGGAGGAGCUGGCGGCCCCAGGCUCCGCUGGCCUGAAGUCAGACCUCACUGGAGAGCAGCAGUCCAAGUCACCAGUCCCUGGUGUGAAGCAGGAGGCAGGAGCUGCCAAGGUCCAGCUGACCCCCGUGGAAGAGGCCCACCAGCGGCUGGAGAGGAUCUUCACAGCUUCUCUGGACUCUGAGGCCGCCUCUCGUGCCCACAGCCAGGUAGGGUGCUCUCCCCCCACUCAGGAGCCCUCCGCUCGCUCCGGUGACCACCCAGCGCCCCCGGCCUGCACCUGGGCUGGCGUCUGUGCUCGGGCCUCCUGCUGGAGUGCGAAGACAGAAGAGCAGAUUGCAGCGGAGGAGGCCUGGAAUGAGACGGAGAAGGUGUGGCUGGUCCACAGGGACGGCUUCUCACUGGCCAGUCAACUCAAAUCUGAGGAGCUCAGCUUGCCUGAGGGGAAGGUGCGCGUGAAGCUGGACCACGAUGGGGCCAUCCUGGAUGUGGACGAAGAUGACGUGGAGAAGGCUAAUGCUCCCUCCUGCGACCGUCUGGAGGAUCUGGCCUCACUGGUGUACCUCAAUGAGUCCAGUGUCCUGCACACCUUGCGCCAGCGCUAUGGCGCUAGCCUGCUGCACACGUAUGCUGGCCCCAGCCUGCUGGUUCUUGGCCCCCGUGGGGCCCCUGCUGUGUACUCCGAGAAGGUGAUGCACAUGUUCAAGGGGUGUCGGCGGGAGGACAUGGCACCCCACAUCUAUGCCGUGGCCCAGACCGCAUACAGGGCGAUGCUGAUGAGCCGUCAGGACCAGUCGAUCAUCCUCCUGGGUAGUAGUGGCAGUGGCAAGACCACCAGCUGCCAGCAUCUGGUGCAGUACCUGGCCACCAUCGCGGGCAUCAGCGGGAACAAGGUGUUUUCUGUGGAGAAGUGGCAGGCUCUGUACACCCUCCUGGAAGCCUUUGGGAACAGCCCCACCAUCAUGAACGGCAAUGCCACCCGCUUCUCCCAGAUCCUCUCCCUGGACUUUGACCAAGCUGGCCAGGUGGCCUCAGCCUCCAUUCAGACAAUGCUUCUGGAGAAGCUUCGUGUGGCUCGGCGCCCAGCCAGUGAGGCCACAUUCAACAUCUUCUACUACCUGCUGGCCUGUGGGGAUGGCACCCUCAGGACAGAGCUCCACCUCAACCACUUGGCAGAGAACAAUGUGUUUGGGAUUGUGCCACUGGCCAAGCCUGAGGAAAAGCAGAAGGCAGCUCAGCAGUUUAGUAAGCUGCAGGCGGCCAUGAAGGUGCUGGGCAUCUCCCCCGAUGAACAGAAGGCCUGCUGGCUCAUUCUGGCUGCCAUCUACCACCUGGGGGCUGCAGGAGCCACCAAAGAAGCUGCUGAAGCUGGGCGCAAGCAGUUUGCCCGCCAUGAGUGGGCCCAGAAGGCUGCGUACCUACUGGGCUGUAGCCUGGAGGAGCUGUCUUCAGCCAUCUUCAAGCACCAGCACAAGGGUGGCACUCUGCAGCGCUCCACCUCCUUCCGCCAGGGCCCCGAGGAGAGUGGCCUGGGAGAUGGGACAGGCCCAAAACUGAGUGCGCUGGAGUGCCUUGAGGGCAUGGCGGCUGGCCUCUACAGCGAGCUCUUCACCCUUCUCGUCUCCCUGGUGAACAGGGCUCUCAAGUCCAGCCAGCACUCGCUCUGCUCCAUGAUGAUUGUCGACACCCCGGGUUUCCAGAACCCUGAGCAGGGUGGGUCGGCCCGCGGAGCCUCCUUUGAAGAGCUGUGCCACAACUACACCCAGGACCGGCUGCAGAGGCUCUUCCACGAGCGCACCUUCGUGCAGGAGUUGGAAAGAUACAAGGAGGAGAACAUCGAGCUGGCGUUUGAUGACUUGGAGUCCCCCACGGAUGACUCUGUGGCUGCUGUGGACCAGGCCUCCCAUCAGUCCCUGGUCCGCUCGCUGGCCCGCACAGAUGAGGCAAGGGGCCUGCUAUGGCUAUUGGAAGAGGAGGCUCUGGUGCCAGGGGCCAGUGAGGACACCCUCCUGGAGCGCCUUUUCUCCUAUUAUGGCCCCCAGGAAGGUGACAAAAAAGGCCAAAGCCCCCUUCUGCGCAGCAGCAAACCACACCACUUUCUCCUGGGCCACAGCCAUGGCACCAACUGGGUAGAGUACAACGUGACUGGCUGGCUGAACUACACCAAGCAGAACCCAGCCACCCAGAAUGCCCCCCGGCUCCUGCAGGACUCCCAGAAAAAAAUCAUCAGCAACCUGUUUCUGGGCCGCGCAGGCAGUGCCACGGUGCUCUCUGGCUCCAUUGCGGGCCUGGAGGGUGGCUCGCAGCUGGCACUGCGUCGGGCCACCAGCAUGCGGAAGACCUUUACCACGGGCAUGGCGGCUGUCAAAAAGAAGUCACUGUGCAUCCAGAUGAAGCUGCAAGUGGAUGCCCUCAUCGACACCAUCAAGAAGUCGAAGCUGCAUUUUGUGCACUGCUUCCUGCCUGUGGCUGAGGGCUGGGCUGGGGAGCCCCGUUCCGCCUCCUCCCGCCGAGUCAGCAGCAGCAGUGAGCUGGACCUGCCCUCCGGAGACCACUGCGAGGCUGGGCUCCUGCAGCUCGACGUGCCCCUGCUCCGCACCCAGCUCCGCGGCUCCCGCCUGCUCGAUGCCAUGCGCAUGUACCGCCAAGGUUACCCUGACCACAUGGUGUUUUCUGAGUUCCGCCGCCGCUUUGAUGUCCUGGCCCCGCACCUGACCAAGAAACACGGGCGUAACUACAUCGUGGUGGAUGAAAGGCGGGCGGUGGAGGAGCUGCUGGAGUGCUUGGAUCUGGAGAAGAGCAGCUGCUGCAUGGGCCUGAGCCGGGUGUUCUUCCGGGCGGGUACCUUGGCACGGCUGGAGGAGCAGCGGGACGAACAAACCAGCAGGAACCUAACCCUUUUCCAAGCAGCCUGCCGGGGCUACCUGGCCCGCCAGCACUUCAAGAAGAGAAAGAUCCAGGACCUGGCCAUUCGCUGUGUUCAGAAGAACAUCAAGAAGAACAAAGGGGUGAAGGACUGGCCCUGGUGGAAGCUCUUUACCACAGUGAGGCCCCUCAUUGAAGUACAGCUGUCAGAGGAGCAGAUCCGGAACAAAGACGAGGAGAUCCAGCAGCUGCGGAGCAAGCUCGAGAAGGUGGAGAAGGAGCGGAACGAGCUGCGGCUCAACAGUGACCGGCUGGAGAGCCGGAUCUCGGAGCUGACAUCGGAGCUGACAGAUGAGCGUAACACAGGAGAGUCUGCCUCCCAGCUGCUGGACGCGGAGACAGCAGAGAGGCUCCGGGCUGAGAAGGAGAUGAAGGAAUUGCAGACCCAGUAUGAUGCACUGAAGAAGCAGAUGGAGGUUAUGGAAAUGGAAGUGAUGGAGGCCCGUCUCAUCCGGGCAGCGGAGAUCAACGGGGAAGUGGAUGAUGAUGAUGCAGGUGGCGAGUGGCGGCUGAAGUAUGAGCGGGCUGUGCGGGAGGUGGACUUCACCAAGAAACGGCUCCAGCAGGAGUUUGAGGACAAGCUGGAGGUGGAGCAGCAGAACAAGAGGCAGCUGGAGCGGCGGCUCGGGGACCUGCAGGCAGACAGUGAGGAGAGUCAGCGGGCUCUGCAGCAGCUCAAGAAGAAGUGCCAGCGGCUGACGGCUGAGCUGCAGGAUACCAAGCUGCACCUGGAGGGCCAGCAGGUCCGCAACCACGAGCUGGAGAAGAAGCAGAGGAGGUUUGACAGUGAGCUCUCGCAGGCGCAUGAGGAGGCCCAGCGGGAGAAGCUGCAGCGGGAGAAGCUGCAGCGGGAGAAGGACAUGCUCCUUGCUGAGGCUUUCAGCCUGAAGCAGCAACUAGAGGAAAAAGACAUGGAUAUUGCAGGGUUCACCCAGAAGGUUGUGUCACUAGAGGCAGAGCUCCAGGACAUUUCUUCCCAAGAGUCCAAGGAUGAGGCUUCUCUGGCCAAGGUCAAGAAACAGCUCCGGGACCUGGAGGCCAAAGUCAAGGAUCAGGAAGAAGAGCUGGAUGAGCAGGCAGGGACCAUCCAGAUGCUGGAGCAGGCCAAGCUGCGUCUGGAGAUGGAGAUGGAGCGAAUGAGACAGACCCAUUCUAAGGAGAUGGAGAGUCGGGAUGAGGAGGUGGAGGAGGCCCGGCAGUCGUGUCAGAAGAAGUUAAAACAGAUGGAGGUUCAGCUGGAGGAAGAGUAUGAGGACAAGCAGAAGGUGCUGCGAGAGAAGCGGGAGCUGGAGGGCAAGCUCGCCACUCUCAGCGACCAGGUGAACCGGCGGGACUUUGAGUCAGAGAAGCGGCUGCGGAAGGACCUGAAGCGCACCAAGGCCCUGCUGGCGGAUGCCCAACUCAUGCUGGACCACCUGAAGAACAGCGCUCCCAGCAAGCGAGAGAUCGCCCAGCUCAAGAACCAGCUGGAGGAGUCAGAGUUCACCUGUGCGGCAGCCGUGAAAGCACGGAAAGCAAUGGAGGUAGAGAUCGAAGACCUGCACCUGCAGAUUGAUGACAUCGCCAAAGCCAAGACAGUGCUGGAGGAGCAGCUGAGCCGCCUUCAGCGUGAGAAGAAUGAAAUCCAGAACCGGCUAGAGGAGGAUCAGGAAGACAUGAACGAAUUGAUGAAAAAGCACAAGGCUGCCGUGGCUCAGGCUUCCCGGGACCUGGCUCAGAUAAAUGAUCUCCAAGCUCAGCUAGAAGAGGCCAACAAAGAGAAGCAGGAGCUGCAGGAGAAGCUACAAGCCCUCCAGAGCCAGGUGGAGUUCCUGGAGCAGUCCAUGGUGGACAAGUCCCUGGUGAGCAGGCAGGAAGCUAAGAUACGGGAGCUGGAGACACGCCUGGAGUUUGAAAGGACGCAAGUGAAACGGCUGGAGAGCCUGGCAAGCCGGCUCAAGGAAAACAUGGAGAAGCUUACUGAGGAGCGGGAUCAGCGCAUUGCAGCCGAGAACCGGGAGAAGGAACAGAACAAGCGGCUACAGAGGCAGCUCCGGGACACCAAGGAGGAGAUGGGCGAGCUUGCCAGGAAGGAGGCCGAGGCCAGCCGCAAGAAGCACGAACUGGAGAUGGAUCUAGAAAGCCUGGAGGCUGCUAACCAGAGCCUGCAGGCUGACCUAAAGCUGGCAUUCAAGCGCAUCGGGGACCUGCAGGCCGCCAUCGAGGAUGAGAUGGAGAGUGAUGAGAAUGAGGACCUCAUCAACAGUUUGCAGGACAUGGUGACAAAGUAUCAGAAAAGAAAGAAUAAACUUGAGGGAGACUCGGAUGUGGACUCGGAGCUGGAGGACCGGGUCGACGGGGUCAAGUCCUGGUUGUCAAAAAACAAGGGACCUUCCAAGGCAGCUUCUGAUGAUGGCAGCUUAAAGAGUUCCAGCCUCUCUAAGGAGGCCGCAGGGGUGGAGGAGAGGCCAUCCUCGGUGGUGAGCUCCCUGAGCUAUCGGAAGCGGCUCACCUUGAAGGACUCCAUUGGGGGCACCGGGGAUGCGGAUUCGCUCUUCACCUCCCUCAGCGAGCGGGCGGCCUCCCCAGAGAGGCCCCCUAGGAAGGCCCGUGUGGGCCCCAGGGAGGAGCCAGGCCCGGGCAGGAAGUCCGAGGAGCCGGAGGAGUGUGGCUCUGUCCUCUCAGGGACUGGGGGGCGCGCGGGCCGGGGGCCGGAGAAGCGGUGGGGCUCCGACUUCAGCCGGGCCUCCACCGUCUCUGCACCCGUCAGCCGGGCCUCCUCAGCCACGCGGCGGGGCUCUGGCGAGGACAGGGCUGGCUCUUCCCUGAGUUUCUCGCUGUCGGGCUCGCCUGGUUCCCGCCGCAGCACCUCCCGGCUCGACAGCCUGACCAGGACGCUCAGCCCUUCCCUGAGCCGGGCCUCUGGCCUAGGCCGGGAGAGCCCUGAUUCCCGCCUGUCCCUGGGCCGGAGCUGCCUAGAGGAAUGGGACGACGGAGCCAGUGUGGCCCUGAGCGAGGCCUGCUCGCAGUACAGCCACCCGUCGCUGGCACGCAGUCUGUCGGUGCCACCCCGGCCACGCAGCUCUGCCUCGGCCAUGGAUGAGCCUCCCAGCUCCAGCGUCCGCUCCGUCAGCCGUCACCCCUACCUGGACCCAGACCUGGAGGCUGCCAUCAACGAGGUCUUGAGCUACAAGCCUGUUCCAUUCCAGCGGAGCAGCCUGGAGCCCGACUCCGAGGAGGAUGACAGGAAGAGCAUCCAAAGUGCCCGGAGCGCCCAACUGGACCCCCCGGAGCGAGCUGCCAGCAUCCGCCGCUCCGCCUCUGCUGCUGAUGUGUCCCGGUCCCGCAGCGGCCGGAAGAGCCGGAGCCGGCGAAGGAGCAGAAGGAGCAGCUCCAGCUCCAGCUCCAGCUCCGAAGCUUCCUCGGAGCACAAGAGGCGGAAGAAGGGGCGCUCUCGGAAGAGCAAGAAAUCUAAGUCGAGAAGAAAGAGAACGGAGACGGAGUCUGAGUCCUCCUCGUCGUCAUCUAGCGGCUCGACCGUCUCCAGCCACAGCCGCUCCAGUGUGAAGAAGGGCCCAGCUGCAGAAAGUGAAGAGACUGGGCAGACGCACCAGCUGUCGAGGAAGGAGGAAAAGAAGCGCAAGAAGGAGGUGGACAGCCUGAUGAUGCGGUACCUGUACCGGCCCGAGAGCGACUAGCGCACCCCACCAGCUACUGGAAGUCCCUUGCCCCUGACCGGUCAGAUGAUGAGCACGACCCUCUCGACAACACCUCCAGACCCCGAUACUCCCACAGCUAUCUGAGUGACAGCGACACAGAGGCCAAGCUGAUGGAGACUAACAAAUAGCCCAGGGGAGUAGUUCGCAGCCCUUUCACCCCACGGCCUGUGGCUGCCUGGGCACCACUCCCAGGAAGUGGUGGGGCGCCGGUCUCCCCCACCCGACUGCUGAUCUGCAUGGGAAACACCCUGACCUCCUUCUGUCAGGGGGACUUUCCAGGCUAUGGGUGUCUGAUGUCUCCACGUGGAAGAGGUGGGGGAAAGAGGAGUUUCUGAAGAGAACUUUUUGCUCCUCUCUGCCUCAAAAUGCCAGAUUCUUGGCUUCUACCCUGGGCCACCGUGGACAAUGGCAGGUGGCCUGGCACUGCAUGGCGCCAGCACAUUGACCUCCCUCUCAGCUCCCUGCUCAGGGACGGUGGACAGGUUGCCUACUGGGACACUCUAGGUUGCUGGGUCCAUGGGGAGGAUUGGGGGAGGAGCAGCAAUGCCUUCCCUCUCGUGUGGGGUGGGGGCUCUCUUCUUGGUGCCUGCUGUCUUUCUACUUUUUAAUUUAAAUACCCAACCUCUCCAUCACAGCUGCAUCCCUGAGAGUGGGAGGGGGCUGCAGGGGUAGCUGGGGCUCCCAAGAAUGACUCGGGAAUGUCAUCUCCAUCUUCACCCUUGAGAGAGCAGUCCUUUCUCUGUGCAGCUGGAGACAUUGGUGAGCAGAGCCGGGUCUAGGUUCUUACGAAUGAGUUUGGGAGGGGCUCUCCGGUACUGCUGGGCUGGGUUGAGCAAGCCUAUACAGACAAGUGUGCGUGUGGACCAUCCACACCUCCGGCCCCCACCCCACCCUCUUCGUCUCAGCGUGUUAUGUGCAAUGACCUAUUUAAGAUAAACCCAUUCCAACUACAGCAGUUCAGGGCUGAUCCAAGCACUGCCUCCCUCCUGCUCUGUCCAGGUAGCCUGGACCAUAAACUCAACUUGAGAGGGAAGACUUGGGGUUGAGGGCUUGUCAUCAGAAAAACUGAAGAUGGAAGUUUUGGCCAUUAGACAUGAGUCUUCACUCUGUGUUCUGAGCCCAUGUCAUUCUUCUUCUUCCAACCUCCCUGCCCCCACACACUCACCCCAGACACAACACCAUAUGGUCUGGAGGUCCCAGCCCCCACCCUAAAAAGGUUAUCCCUAACAACUCCACCAGACUUGGGAGCCCAAGGGCAGUGCCUGGUGCUGCUCCCAUCUGCCACCCCUCUUCUCUCCUGCAAUUGGUUUGUACUCACUGGGCUGUGCUCUCCCCUGUUUACCCGAUGUAUGGAAAUAAAGGCCCUUUUCCUCCUG